CGAAGCUCCGCCGUUGGGUCUCUGGAUGCGUGCGGUGCAGCCACGCUAGGACUAGAAAGAACGGCGGCGCGACCACCUGUCGAGACGAGGCUCCCCUGCAUCGCCACGGCGGGCCGAGCUUCCCACACCUGUUCGCCUCGCCCCCCUUACCCCUCUUAUAGCCGAACUCCACGCGCCAGCGCCAUGUCCCUCGCCGCCGCAGCCUCCCCGUCGUGCCGCUUCCUGUCGCCCUCCACGGCCGCCCGCCGCCGGUUCCUCCACCACCUCCUCGCCGCGCCCCCGAGGCCGCCGCAGCUUCGUCGCUGCUCCCCGUACCACUGGAUGGCGCAAUUUUGGACUGAAGGAUCACUGGAGAAGAACAACGCUCUGGUUGAAUACCUGAAACAGUAUGGUGUUGUUCGAACAGAUAAAGUGGCAGAAGUUAUGGAAACUAUCGAUCGAGCCCUAUUUGUACCAGAGGGCUUUACCCCUUACAUUGACAGUCCUAUGCCUAUUGGUUACAAUGCAACGAUAUCUGCUCCUCACAUGCAUGCAACCUGCUUAGAACUUUUGAAGGAUCAUUUACAGCCAGGCAUGCAUGCUCUAGAUGUUGGAUCAGGCAGUGGCUACUUGACAGCUUGUUUUGCAAUGAUGGUCGGACCAGAAGGUCGCGCAGUGGGGAUUGAACACAUUCCUGAGCUUGUUGCUGCUUCAACUGAAAAUGUUGAACGGAGUGCUGCAGCAGCACUACUGAAGGAUGGUUCACUUUCUCUUCAUGUUUCAGAUGGAAGGCUCGGCUGGCCGGAUGUGGCGCCAUACGAUGCUAUUCAUGUGGGCGCAGCGGCACCCGAGAUCCCUAGGCCGCUGCUAGAACAGCUGAAGCCUGGCGGGCGGAUGGUCAUACCCGUCGGCACAUACUCUCAGGACCUGCAGGUGAUCGACAAGAGCUCCGACGGAUCCAUCAGCACCCGCAACGAUGCCUCUGUUCGCUACGUCCCUCUCACCAGCCGCUCUGCUCAGCUGCAGGACAGCUGAGAUCCUUUGCUCUGGAUCUCAAAAUGUGUGUGUAUAUAUGUGAGUGCCUAUGAUCUUUGUCCACCAAUGUGGCGUCUGAUGUUUAGAUGGUUUGGUUUUGUAUAAAAUGCUUACUGCUGGUUGAUGUUGCGUAGAAUAUGUGAAUACGUGUUGUGUGUGGUAAGUUCGGAAAUCGCUAGCGUUUGUGUGACCUUUUUAUGGCA